AUGUCUAAUAAUAAUUAGGUUAAAGAGAAUGAAUAACCACAAGUCUAAUAGCCAGUAUAAAACUAACCAAAGUUUUUCAUAUAGAAUAAUACAAUAGAAGGAUAAAUUAAAAAUUCAUUUCCACAAUUCUAAUUGCCAGUAUAAAACUAAACAAAGCCUUCAAUAUAAAAUAAUCCAAUAGUAGGAUACUCUAAAAAUCCAUUUCCACAAUUGAUAUUGCCAUUAUAAAACAAAACUUAAUAACGAAAUGCUAUAAUAUAAAAAAUUACAAUAGAAGGAGACACCUAUGAAAAAUUUCAGCCACCAAUUGGAUAAGGAUCAGAAGGUAUUGUUUAUAAGGGAAGAAAUAUUAAAACAUAAGAAAUCGUAGCUAUUAAAGAAUACAAAUUAAUAAAUCAAAAUGAAUUAAAAGCCAUAUAAGCAAUUUAGAGAAACAAUUUCAGUCAUAUUAUUGGAAUAAAAGGAGUAUAGAUUCAAUAAAAUUCUUGUCCAAUUAUUGCAAUGGAAUUUGCUCAUGGAGAGUUCUAUUAAUUUAUGAUAUCACCAGCAUAUCAAAAAUUAACUUAUAAUGAAAAAAAUUCAUAUUUUCUUUAGGUAAUUAAAUAAAAUGAUAUUUUAGAUGGUAUAAGGAGUUGAAUAACUUCAUUCAAUAGGAUUAUUUCAUAGAGAUUUAAAACCUGAAAAUUUUGUAUACAUCAAAGAUUCUAAUAAUAAUAUGACUAUUAAAUUGAUUGACUUUGGAUUAGUCAAAGAAACUUAAAAUUAAAUGGCAAAAACUCUUAAAGUUGGAACACCAUAUUAUAUGGCUCCAGAAGUUUUGGGAAAUUAAAACAGUUGUUAUGAUAAAUCUGUUGAUAUAUGGUCUUUGGGAGCUAUGUGGUAUGAACUUUUAACUAAUUAGACUUUCUUUUAAGGUAUUUUAAAUUUAUAAUCUUAGGUAAUACUUAAGAUGAAAUUUUUUUUAGAAUUCAAAACUAUUAAUAAAAUAGUAUUGAUUAACAAAUUUAGAAGGAUAUCCCUUAAGAAAAAGAAUAGGUUUAUAUAUAAAAGAUGUUAAAAAAAGUACCAACUUAAAGAAUAGAAUUAAAAGAUGUAUUACAAGCUUAUAAAGAAGAACCUGAUGCUGAAUAAUAAUCUAAAGAAUAAACAUAAUAAUUUCAUUAAGAUACUGACUAAAAAAUUUCCAAUACUAUAUUCGAUAUCAAAAAUUAUUUAGAAAUAGAAACUAUAAAUGGAUUGAAUCAAUCAAAGUAAAAAUAAAUAGAAAAAAUAAAAACAGAGAAUUAAAAAUUAUAUAAAUAAAAAUUAAAACCUCUGAAAGAAAUUAAAGACAGUUCAGAAAGUGAAAAAUUGAAAAAGGAUUUUAUAAAAAAAAAAGAGGAGUAUGAAAAGUUGAUAUAAAUUUUGCUUAUAGAAAAAGAAAAGGAAAUAGAUUUAAAAAUUGAUGAAAUGUUGAAAUAAAAACUAUAAGAGUUAGAAGAUAAAAUGUCAAAUGAAAUGGAUUUAAUUAAAUAGAAGACUUUAUAAAAUUAUUUUGAAAAAAUGAAAGACUUAAAUUUAUCCCAUUAAUAAAUAUUAAUAAUUUAGUUAAAGAAUAAUUUUUAAAAUGAAAUGAAUGAUUAUAAAUAAUAAUAAAAAAAAGAAGUGGAAAAAUUAAUAGAAUGCCUAAAAUAUAUUCCAGAAGAAAAAUUAUAAGAAUUAGAUUAAUAAAUAAUAUAAAUUAUAAAUUAAUUUGAAAGCGAAAUUUAAGAAAAGGUUAAUUUUUGGAAAAAAUUGGAAAAAGAAAAGGAAGAAAAAGAAAAACUUAUUGAAAGAAAAUAACUAUUAAUCAUUAAAUCGAUGUAAUUGUAAAGUAUAAUUAACACUAUCAUUCAAUAUCUCUUAGAAAAAUAUAAAUUGAUAAAUUAGAUUAAUAUAGAGGAUUAAAAUAAAUAAUAAUUGUUAAUUUAUAUUAAUAUAGAGUUAGGUAAAUUUUAAGAUAAAAAAAUUAAAAAUGAAUAAAGAAUAUUAUAAAUAUAAUAAGCAUAGAAAAAAGAGGAGGUGGAAGGAUUAGAUACUCAGUUAGAAAAAGAGAUUUAAGAAUGUGAAUAAGAAUUUAAGAUAAUAAUGGAAAAAAUUAUAAAGGAAGAAAGUUUACUAGAAUAAAAGGUAAAAGAUUAAGAAAUAUAUAAUUAAUAACAAUAGUAGAAUUUGAUAAAUCAACAAAAGUAGAAAAAAGAACAAGAGUAGUAAAAGGAGCAAGAGUAGAAAAAGGCAUAACAGUAGCGAAAGGAGCAAGAGUAGAAAUUAAAAAAAGAAAAAGAUUAAUAUGAAUCUUUAUUCAUUAUUGUAAAAUAAUAAUCUAGUUAAUAAUCUCUUUAAAUUAAAACAAUUUCAGAACAAAUUAAGUAUUAUUAAAGAAUUAAACUAUAAAUUUAAGGAGAAGUGAAGAUUUAAGAUGUUAUACAAUAGCAAUAAAUAAUAACAUAAGAUAUUUAAGUAUUAGAAUAGUAAGAGAGGAUGAUAUAAUAAUUUGAUUAAUUACAAUUAAUUCCUCUUUAUUAAUAAUAUAAUAGCAAACUUGAAGAACUUUAAUAAUAUUAAAAUAGACUUAAAAUUUUAAUUGAAGAGGCAAAUAAAUGCAUUUCAUAAAUCGAAAGAUAAUAUGAAGAUGAAUAUCAAUAAUAAAUUGAUGAUUUAGAUCACAAAUUAAAUGAAUAAUUAGAUAAAUUUAAAUAUUUAUCUAAAAAUUAAAAAUAUAAAGAUAAAAUAAAUUAAAUAAUUAAUAAAAUUGCAGAUGAAUCUGGUAAGUUGAAUUCUCUAAAAAUAUUAAUAUCUUAAAGAACAUAGGUAGCUUUUUAAUAAUACAAUCAAAAUUAUGAUUAAAUUUAAUAAUCAAUAAGUGAUUUUAAGAAAUAAUAUAAAUAAUUGCAUGAAUAAAUUUACAAUGAUGAAUAAAUUGAAUAGAAAAAUGGAGAAAGAAUUAAAAAAUUAAAAAUGAUACAAGAUUAAUUAGAUUUAUUUAAAUAGACAAUGAAUGAAUAAAAAGAAUAAGUUAAAAAUUUGAUUAAUAAUCAAUAUUGCAAUAAUGAAUAAACUCAGAAUUUAAUAAAUAAUACAUUAGUGUUGAUAGAUAACACUAAAAUUGAAUAAUAAAAGUAAUUUGAUAAAUUCAAUGAAUUUAAUGAAUUAAAUUCUUUUGAAAUUAUUAAUUAGUAAAUAAACUAAUUGGAAGAAUUUUAGAGAAAAUUAAAAGAAGUUGAAAAUAAUGUAAAAGAAUAAGUAGACUAAUUAAAGUAGACAAUUUAAAAAAUAGGAGCUUAAAACAAAAGUGAAUAAGAAAAAGAAAUUUUAAAGUUAAAUAAUCAAUUAUAGAAUAGGUAUAAAGAAUUCUCAAAAGCUCUUUAAUCAAUAAAAUUUUAAUUUAAUAGUAUUGAAUUUUAUAAAAAAGUGAAUGAGAAAAAAGAGAAACUUGAAAAAUAAUUGUAAGAGGAAAUAAAAAAUUUAGAAGAAUAUUUAGAAAAUUAAAAUCAAAAUACUUAGUUAUUUAAUGAAGUAUUAAAUGAUAUUAAAGCAAAAAAAGGGAAUUAUAAAUAACAAUCUGAAGAAUAGCUCAAAUAAUUACAAUAAACUAAUAAAUAAAAAGGUGAUCGGUUAAAUAUUGUAACUAAAAAAGUAUUUGAAAAAUAAAAAGAAAUAAAUUUUAUCUAAAUAGAUUUUAAUUUAAUUUAGAACUAUGAAUAAUUAAAAAUGUAGGAAGAAUAAUUGCAAAAAGAAUUAAAUUAAAUAAAUGAUAAGAUAUCGAAUUAAUAAUUAAAUCCUUAGUAAUUAAAUUAAUUAAAAGAUUAUAUUCUUAAGGUAUAUUCUAACAUAGAUGAAUUAAAGAUGAAAAUUCCAUAGUAUGACGAUGUAUAAUAGUACAACUAAAAUUAUCAAUAAAAUUUAGAAUCAUAUGAAAAAUUAUAUGCUUUACUUAAUUAUAUAAAGUAAUAUCAUUUAACAAGAUAUUAUGAAAGAAUCAAGGAAAAUAAAGAAAAUGAAUAAAAAUAAAAAUAAUAAUAUAAGGAUGAAAAUGAUUACAAAAAAUUAUUUUAAUCUAGACUAAAUUAAGUUUAGGAAGAAAAUACAAAAAAAGAGAAGGAAGCAUAAGAUAUAUUCUAAAGAUAUGAAAAUGUUUUAUUUAAAAGUUACAAUAAGAUGGCAAUAGAAAGUAUAGAAAAAGAUUAAGAAGAAAUUGAGAAACAGAUUUAAAUCGUAGAAAAUAUUCUAAAAUAAAAAUAUACAGUAAAAUUAAGAUCUAAAUUGAAAGAUUAAUCAGUGGUAAAAGAGAUUAUUAAUGUCAAAUAAUAUUAUAAAAUAACAGAGUUCGCACAAAUGCUAAUAUUCAAUAUGAUAAAAAAUAUAUAAAAGAACCAAUAAGGAUAAAUCAAUCAAUAUUGA